AUGGACCCUGCCGCGCCGUCGUCAUCCCCGAGCUCGCCGCAGCUAGGGCGUAAGCGCACGGCGGCGUCUACACUGGAGGAGCCCCUGACGCCGAAGCGCCACUGCUCCAUGGACGACGUCAUGCGCCGGGCGCCCGCCGUCGACGCGCCGCUGCCCGUCGCCCGCGCGGCGUCUACACUAGAGGAGCCCCUGACGCCGCAGCGCUACAGCUCCCUGGACGACGUCAUGCGCCGCGCGCCCGCCGUCGACGCGCCGCCCCCCGUCGCCCGCGAGCGGGUGUACACCUACUACGAGACGCUCCUCUGCGAGACCUGCGGCUCCGCCGACAGUGAGGACGACCUGAUCCUCUGCGACCGCUGCGACCGCGGCCACCACACCUUCUGCCUCCGCCCCAUCGUCUCCCAGGUCCCCGUCGGCCCCUGGUUCUGCCCCAUCUGCGCUCCGCCCAUACAGGCCCCCAAGAGUUUCCCGGUGAACGAGAGGAAGAUCUUCAAUUUCUUCGGGAUUCAGAAGGAUGAACAGGAUGCCCAGGCCGCCGAAUGUAAGCCCUCCAAAGAUGCUAGAAGGCGAAGGAAGCGUUCUCAUGUGAUGCACAAGAAGAGGAGGAGGAUACUGCCAUUUGUUCCAUCUGAAGAUGGAGCUAGAAGACUCAAACAACUAGCCUCUCUGGCCUCUGCCUUGACUACUUCCAAAACAGAGUUUUGUAAUGAACUGACUUAUAUGCCUAAUAUGGCUCCUAGAUCUUCCAAUCUGGCAAGAUUGGAGGUAGGCGGUAUACAGGUUCUGCACAAAGAGGAUAAGGAAAGUUUAGAGCUAUGCACAACCAUGCAAAAAAGAGGUGAAUUUCCUCCACUUCUCGUGGUCUAUGAUUCCCAGGAAGGUUUCACUGUGCAGGCUGAUGGCAACAUAAAGGAUAUGACCUUCCUAGCUGAAUAUUCUGGGGACGUUGAUUAUCUAGAGAACAGAGCAAACGAUGAUUGCGACUGUCUUAUGACACUCCUCCUAUCAGCUAAUCCUUCACAAAAUCUGGUCAUUUGCCCUGACAAGCGGGGGAACAUUUCCCGCUUUUUCAGUGGCAUCAAUAACCACACACCGGAUGGUAAGAAGAAGAAAAAUGUCAAGUGUGUGCGGUAUAACAUCGAUGGGGAGAGCCAUGUCUUGUUGGUGGCCUGUCGUGAUAUAGCUUGUGGUGAUAAGCUAUAUUACGAUUACAAUGGCUUUGCCACCCAAGAGAUCAUAAUGACAGAAAUUGAUAAGUUCCUGUGA